AGCCACGUUCUGUUGAGCUCCAAGUAGACCAGCGUCGGUUGCGGCGGCUGCUGCAGCUGUGCCGGAGGCGCAGAGGGCGGCGCAGGCGGAGCCGAUCUUUUGGCGCGCGGGGAGCGAGCGAGCGAACGAGCGAGCGGCGGGCAUCCGGGCGGGCGGCGGCGCAGCGCAGCCCGAGCCGCGCGGGAGGAGUUCCAGGGAGAUGGGGCCGCGGCCGGGGCUGACGCUUUGACAGCUGGAAAGAGCGCGGAGCCAGCGCCGGGGAGGGAGGGAGCGCGGCGAGCCGAGCGCGAGCGAGCGGGCGAGCGCCGGGAGGGGGCCGGGAGCAGGGCUGCUCGGGAGACCGGACGGUAGCGGCGGCGGCGGCGGCGGCGGCGGGGUUCGACGCCCUCUUCUCUACAAACCAUGUUUGCCAAAGGCAAAGGCUCGGCGGUGCCCUCGGACGGGCAGGCUCGGGAAAAGUUAGCUUUAUACGUCUACGAAUAUUUACUGCACGUAGGAGCACAGAAAUCUGCACAGACCUUCUUAUCAGAGAUUCGAUGGGAAAAAAACAUCACGCUGGGAGAACCUCCUGGGUUUCUGCACUCGUGGUGGUGCGUAUUUUGGGACCUUUACUGUGCAGCUCCUGAAAGGAGAGACACUUGUGAACAUUCAAGUGAAGCAAAAGCCUUUCAUGAUUAUAGUGCAGCAGCUGCCCCGAGCCCUGUGCUUGGCAACAUUCCCCCCAAUGAUGGGAUGCCUGGAGGGCCCAUCCCACCGGGUUUCUUUCAGGGUCCUCCGGGGUCACAGCCCUCGCCGCACGCACAGCCUCCACCUCACAAUCCCAGCAGCAUGAUGGGACCCCACAGUCAGCCUUUUAUGUCACCACGAUACGCAGGCGGCCCCAGGCCCCCGAUCAGAAUGGGAAACCAGCCUCCAGGAGGAGUUCCUGGGACACAGCCAUUGCUGCCCAAUUCCAUGGAUCCCACACGACAACAAGGCCACCCCAACAUGGGAGGAUCGAUGCAGAGAAUGAACCCUCCCCGAGGCAUGGGGCCCAUGGGUCCUGGCCCACAGAAUUACGGCAGCGGCAUGAGACCACCACCCAACUCCCUCGGCCCCGCCAUGCCCGGGAUUAACAUGGGCCCGGGAGCUGGCAGACCCUGGCCCAAUCCCAACAGUGCUAACUCAAUCCCGUACUCCUCUUCAUCACCCGGUACCUAUGUGGGACCUCCUGGUGGUGGCGGCCCUCCAGGAACACCCAUCAUGCCUAGUCCUGCGGAUUCAACAAAUUCCAGUGACAACAUCUACACCAUGAUUAAUCCCGUGCCGCCUGGAGGCAGCCGGUCCAACUUCCCAAUGGGUCCUGGCUCAGACGGCCCGAUGGGAGGCAUGGGUGGCAUGGAGCCACACCACAUGAAUGGAUCACUAGGGUCAGGUGACAUAGACGGACUUCCAAAAAAUUCUCCUAACAACAUAAGUGGCAUUAGCAAUCCUCCGGGCACCCCUCGAGACGAUGGCGAGCUAGGAGGGAAUUUCCUCCACUCCUUCCAGAAUGACAACUAUUCUCCAAGCAUGACGAUGAGUGUGUGACCCCCCUGUCCGAGAUGCUGAGAGCCGGCAUUGUAGGCGGAAGAUGCCAGAAAUUAUGCAAGAAGUGAGGUGUCGUUACCAGGAGCUGGGGGAGGGCAUCUCCCAUCCCCUCUCCAUCCCCCUCCACUCCCUCCUACCUUUCCAAUUUUAGUUUCAUGCAAUAAAAAGGCUGAACUUUUUAUUUCAUAAAACAUGAAGGACAGAACUCAAAAGCAAAAAUGUAUUUCAAGUCAGUGACCAGAAAAAUCCCACCCCUUGCCCUUUCUUGAAAGGGCCUUUUCUGUAAUGACAUUUUUUGUUUUUUGAGGGUUUUUUUUUUGUCUUGGGUUUUAUCAUUGCUGGGAUUUUGUUGUUGUUUUCAAGGGGAAAGGGUUUGGGACAGUAAUUUUUAAACACGGAAGCUUCUAGCAAGCCCUCCACCCCAAUCAACCUCUGUUUUCUUCUUAAAAAAAAAAAAGGAAAAGGAAAAGGGCAAAAAAAAAAAAAAAGAAAAAGAAAGAGGGAAGGAAAAGGAAAAAAAACCCCACAAGCCCUGCUGUCUUAUCUGUCCGUCCCCAGGCCCUUCCACCUGGAACCUAGUAUAGGUGUGAGAUGUCACACUGUUUGUAGCCAUCUCAAAACAAUAAACUGGACAGUUCGCAAUCAGUGGUUUCUUUUACAAAGCUGCUUUGGGAAAGGAAGGAAAGGAAAUCACCCUUUUCCAGCUGGUGUUUUGGCCUGGUUAGUGACAGCAGCGCACCUGGACGCCCAGCCCACCCCCAUCACAUGGGCCAGACCACCCGCCCUGCCACGCGCAGCCGAGACCACCGCCGGACCGGCGCAUGCACUGUGUUCCCAGGACUGCUUCCUCUCCCGGACUUCUGUCCGCCCAGCCUCCCUGCCUCCACAGCCCCUCCUCAGCCCCCACCAGCUUCACUGGAUGACUGUGACCUGGCCAUGGAAACUGUGACCUCCACGUUCUGGUCCCGGGCUUCUCACACCGUCACUUCCGUGCGCAAGGGCAGGGUGGGCUGGAGUUUGGGUUUUUUUUUAUUCUCUCUUUGUUUGCCCUUUUUCAAAGACAAGAAACUGAGCAGAAUUGCUCUGUAUAUGCUUGGAACUGGAUGGAAAGACUUUGGCAUAGCUGUGGGGGUGGGGGAGCACCAGCAACCAAACAGACAUGCUGUUUCCAGUCCUAUUUUUUUUUUGUUUUGUUUUGUUUUUCAAAAGCCGACAAACCCAAUGGUGGAGCCUGUCCCCUCCCGGGAGGGGGAGACUGGCAGCCUCCCUCACCUCACCCCUGCGGGAACCUGCGUGUCUUGCCCUGGAAGACACGGAAUUCUUUGUACAUUUACACUCCCCCCUCCUCGCCCCCCCUCGCCCCUCCCUCGUAGCUGGUCUUUGUUUUCUUACCUCCCCUUUCUGACCCAUGUAUAUCAUAUUAUGUGAGAUACCAUCUGCCUGAAAAAAAGACCUUGUGCGGAUUAUUGGGAACAUU